GGUCGGCGAGUGCAGCGCCAGCGCCGCCGCAAUUGGAAUCUUGACGUGAGACAUGGCGGACCUCAAGGAGCCACCUCCAUUACUCAGCGAAGGCGACUUAAAUUCUAAGGAAGAGGAUGACAUGUUCACGUCUGCCGUUGAGCACCACAAGAAUCUGAGGGAAGGUAUAAUGGAGGGGCCUGAAGAAGUGGAGGUGAAUCUGGACGACGACGAGCCGCCCACACAGACCCCUCUGCUGGGUUCUGCCAAACUUGAGUUCCGAGCGACUGAGGACGAAGUGCAGCGAAGCAAUCCAGAGCCGAAUCCCCCAAGGCAGGCCACCACGCUUUUCUCCCCAGACGUCAGCACACUGAAACCAGUCAAGGAGAAAGAGCAGCUGAAGGCCUCCGAGGGGGAGGAGUUUGUGGAGAUCAGCGUGCGGGAGCCACAGAAAGUGGGCGAGGGCAUGGCAGCCUACGUCACCUAUCGAGUGGUGACACGGACAAAUGCACCAUACUACCGCAAGACCCAGUUUUCAGUGAACCGGCGCUUCAGUGACUUUCUUGGCUUGCACGAAAAGCUGGUGGAGAAGCAUUUGCACAUGGGGCGCAUCGUCCCACCUGCUCCUGAAAAGAGUGUUCUAGGUAUGACCAAGAUCAAGAUGUCAAAAGAUGAGCAGGUCACUUCAGAAGACUUUGUAGAGCGUCGAAGGGCCGCAUUGGAGCGUUUCUUGCAACGAACAGCUGCGCACCCUUCGCUCAGAGUCGAUCCAGAUUUCAGAGAGUUCCUGGAGCUGGAAACAGAACUGCCUCGAGCCACCAACACGUCAUCUUUAAGUGGAGCUGGCAUGUUCCGGCUCAUCUCACGCAUGGGAGACUCCGUAUCGAAGAUCACCACCAAGAUGGACGAGGCAGACCCGUGGUUUGAGGAAAAGCAACAGCAGAUUGACAACCUUGACAUUCAACUGAAGCGGUUGCACGCCAGUGUGGAAAACAUGGUGCAGCAACGCCGAGAGCUGUCACAGAGCACGGGUGCAUUUGCCAAGAGUGCAGCCAUGCUGGGCAACUGUGAAGAGCACACAGGCCUAUCGCGUGCGCUGUCCAAGCUGGCCGAAGUCGGUGAGCGGGUGGAGCAGCUGCAAGGGCGCCAGGCCAACCACGACUUUUACUGUCUGGCGGAGCUGGUCAAGGAUUACUUGUCCCUGGUUGGGGCGAUCAAGGAUGUCUUCCACCAGAGAGUAAAGGUGUACCAGACAUGGCAGCACGCGCAGCAGAUGCUAGCCCGCAAGCGGGAGGCCAAGGCCAAGCUUGAACUGGCAGCCAAAAGCGAGAAGAUUCCCCAGGCACGCCAAGAGGUGCUGGAGUGGGAAGCCAAGGUGGAGCGUGGGCAGGAGGAGUUUGACAACGUGUCACGUGUGAUCCGCACCGAGAUGGACCGCUUCGAGCUCAACCGCAUCGCCGACUUCCGCAACUCAGUUGUACGCUACUUUGAGUUCCUCCUCGACACCCAACAACAGCUGAUCAAGUAUUGGGAGACCUUCUUGCCUGAAGCAAAGGCCAUUGCGUGAUUGCCAGGACAACAGGGUGCUGACCUCACAUUCCAAUACGUGGUUCUUCAUGGUGCUCAAAGCACAGUACUCCUCUUGGAGCUGUACAUUCUUUUUCUUUUCUUGUGAGGAACACGAAAAACCUGCUGAAUUUGGAGUGUUCACUGGUUUGACCGCACUGUAUUCUGCACACACCUAGUGUGUAUGUGCGCACGUGUCAUUUACGUGAAAUGUUGGAUGCUGCAGGAAACGGGACACUGUGAACACAUGUGCAGGAGAGCUUGAAAAAAACAAGUCUCGGGUUAGCUGCACAAGCGGGUAAUAUAGUGUUGCUUGACGUUGCAUUGUGCACUCCACAUGCACGAGCUUUUCACUGCUCUAUAAACAGAAAAGUGGGCUUUAUUAAAGAUUAUAUAACCAGCCAUUAAAGAAUUUGUUUGUUACUGGAAGUUUUGUAAUUUAUUACCCCAGAAAUAAAGAUGAUUCACGCGCCA